AUGCUUCUCCUUCUUUCCCUCUUGGUGCUUUCUGUACGCGUUAACGUUGAAACGACUACUCAUUCCCUCACUUCCAUCGUCGAUAAUGACCCUUCCAUAAAACCCCUCAUCUAUCGAAUUCACGACCCUCCCAAUACCACCUCCCCUACCUCCAACAUCACCACCAGAUGUCGUCGUGUUCCCCACCUCACCCGUGUCAGGACUAGGACUCUAGACGAUGAUUCUUUCCCUGGAGACUACGAGUUCGAUCAUCGAUGUUUUGGCAGCAGACUCCCAAAUUCCCAAUUAUAUGCCACUUCAUUCAUACUUGACUCCUUCGACCCCCAAUUGGGAGUCUCUGAUUUUGUAUCCGAUAACGGAAUUAGGGCAUCUGAAACUAUGCGUUCUACUGCUAAGAUGACUUUCACAUUAAUCGAGGUCAUAGAGAAAGAAGAAAACGACGUCAUCCAUAGAAGCAACGAUUCUGCACCAUUGAACGAAACGACUGAAAGUGAAUCCGAAUUCCAGUUCUUCUUGAAGAGGUGUUGUAUGGUUGAUGCAAUGAUGGAGGGUGAAGAUGGUGAUGAUAAAUAUCAUCCGUGGCAUUAAGUGAAGGAUUGUUGAUGAACAAAGCAAGGAGUGUAAAUAUUGAUGUUGGUCAAGGCGAUGGGGGAUGAAGGCGAUGGCGAUAACGCUCCUCCAAUUUCAUGAGAAAUGCUUUAAGAUAGUUUCCGGGAUUUCCCCAAUCAGUUCAUUCUUGUAUAUGUUCAACAAUUUCCGAUGGGAUUUCACAAAAUAAUGAAUCUUAGGAUGUCAACAAGUUGAAGAUGUAUCAACGGAGAAAGUAAGAGCACCAUAGAUGCUUCCAGUCAGCUUAUUCCCUCAAAAUAGAAUUCUGUGUAGCCCUAACUGAAAUACCCAGAUAGGAAGAAACCUUGUGAAUGAGUUCCGACUUACGUCCAAGCUCUGAAGAUUAUGGCAUGAGAUAUCAAUGAUCGAGACUUGCAGAUUUAGAAUACAUGUCUGCAGAUCUAUGUUUUCUGGUUUACCUAAUGCAAGCG